AGAGCGGACAUUUCUUGCUGUGCUCCCCUUGUAAUUAUGUGACUGUCUUUGGCUAGCAGGGACUUGUAUAAUUUUAGGACACUGGUUACUCUCGAGUCAACAAGAACAGUCACAUCAGGAUUCAGCAGUUACAAGGAAGAAAGACACAAUGCUGUCUGUUCUCAUUGCUAAAAGACUGGUAAGUGGGGUAUGCCAGGCGUCAUUGAGACCAGCUGUGGCAGAACUAGUAACUACACGGGGUUACAAAGGAGAGGCACCUGAUGACUCUAGGGGUGACAUAAUUGAGAUCCCCCUGCCCCCCUGGACAGAGAAGGAUGGUGAGACCAUGGACAUCAAGAGACGGCGCCUGCUCUUCCAAAGCCGAAAGAGGGGCAUGCUGGAGAAUUGCAUAUUGCUCAGCCUGUUUGCCAAACAAUAUCUUAAUACAAUGAAUGAGCCCCAGUUAAGACAGUAUGACAGACUGAUCAACGAGCCUAGCAACGACUGGGACAUCUACUACUGGGCAACAGAGGCCCAGCCUGUACCUGAUGUGUACGCAGGUGAAAUCAUGGACCUACUGAAGGAGUUCACAAAGAACAAAGAUCAGGAACAAAGGCUGGACGCACCCAACCUGGAAUACCUGGAUAAGGGGAGCCAGUGAAGCCUGGCUGACACAUCCCUCUCAGGGUGUUUUCACAUUAUGGUCUUCUUUAAAAUAACUGAUCUCAGUCCUCUUUAAAGUGAACUCUGAGGGUAAAAAAAGAAGCAAAAGAUCUGUUGUCUUUGUAUUCACACUGCCCUUACCUUUGAACGAGGACUUAACUCCUGUGCCAGUUCACUUCACCUAUUUUGUUGUCUGAGUCCUCUUUGCAUUCACAUUGCUAUGUUUAGAAAGGAACCAAUAUAUUUUUUCCAACAUUCAUUCAAUGCACUGUGGGUUUUUACAAAGUGCAGGACAAGCUAUUCCAUCAGAAUAUGCUAUCAGACAGCUAGAUAUACCUUCUUACAUUUUGGAAGCUAAUAGAUUGCAUUUAGUUAAAAAUGAGACAGAAUAAUUAGAAGAUACUAUUAACAUGUAAAUAUUAUUGGUAACAGAAUAAAUUGCAGAAUAAUUACUGCCGAUAAGAUAAUGCUGUAGAACAUGUUACACCCAUUGUAGGCCACUGCCCCUUUAAGAGCUAGAAUCGAUUUUGUACCCUAUGUUGUGAUUUUUAACAAAUUAUGCUAUCGUCUCCUCACACUAUUCAAACCCCACAGUCGAAUAAACAGCUUAAGAAGCUCUUAGCCUAUAGAUCACAUAUUGCAUUAAAAAAAAUCUGAGCUAAUA